AUGUCGUGGACGUCCAAGCAACUCCUCUUUCUGGUUGCUGGUUUCGCUCUUAAUCUGAUGCUGCUUGUUCAUUCCCAAGAUGAUCAAUCAGGGUUCAUUAGCAUAGAUUGCGGCCUCAAGACAGAUUCAGGUUAUUCUGAAAAGGAUACUCGCAUUAACUACAUGUCUGACGCAACCUUCAUAGACACCGGUGAAAGUAAAUCCACAUUGCCUAGUUACAGCGAUUACUAUCAACAGCAAUACGGGUCUGUUAGGAGCUUCCCCGAAGGAGCCAGGAAUUGCUACAAGAUAAAUGUUACACGAGGCAACAAAUAUUUGAUCCGAGCAAGUUUCUUAUAUGGGAAUUAUGAUGGCCAAGAUAAGAUACCAGAAUUUGAACUGCACCUUGGACCUAAUUUGUGGAAUACUAUUACGAACCUUGAAACCUCCGAAGCCACGGACAAAGAGCUCAUAUAUGUCCCACUCCGAAACUAUAUACAUGUUUGUUUGGUGAGUACAGGCUAUGGGGUUCCAUUUAUAUCUGCUCUAGAACUCAGGCCAUUACCUAAUGCAUCUUAUGAAACGAAAACGGGGUCAUUGGCACUUGUCUCCCGAUAUGACAUGGGCCCAAAUGAUAGGACAGGAUGCAGGUAUCCUUUCGAUAUUCUUGAUCGAUUCUGGUAUUACUAUAAUGAACUCGAUGAUUGGACACAAUUAAACACCUCAUCCACCAUCAAAUCUAAAUCUGACGACCCGUACCAACUCCCAUCUGUUGUUAUGAGUACUGCUUCAACGCCAAAAAAUCCAAGUGAUUCCUUGAGUAUUAUUCUCUCGUUGCCAGACAAAAAUGCUGAAUAUUACAGCUACCUGCACUUUGCAGAAGUUGAAAGCCUCCAACUCAACCAAUCUAGAUGGCAAUAUGUUUCUGGGGAAGGAACCGGCAUUACCAGGGCGGAGAACUCUACCCUUCCACCUGUCCUCAAUGCUUUCGAGAUUUAUAUGGUUAAACAGUUCGUAGAAGCAGAAACAAACCAAGAAGAUGUUGAUGCAAUCACAUCGAUCAAGUCAACUUAUAAUAUUAAAAGAAAUUGGCAAGGAGAUCCAUGUGCCCCUCAACAUUACGUUUGGCACGGAGUAAAGUGUAACUAUCAAGAAUUUGAGUCACCAAGAAUCAUAUCCUUGGACUUGUCCUCGAGUGGCUUAACAGGGGAGAUAGCUGCUUCUAUAUCCAAUCUCACAAUGAUACAGUCUUUGGAUCUAUCAAACAACAACUUAACGGGACCAAUUCCAGAAUUUUUGUCUAAAUUCCAGAAUUUGACUGUCGUAGAGUUGGACAAAAACAAUCUCACAGGUUCUGUUCCGAAAGGACUCAUUCAAAGAAGGAAGGAUGGUUUCCUAUCAUUCAGUUUCUGCGAAAAUCCAAAUCAAUCCAAACAAGUCCCUUGCGAACUAAAGAAGAAACACCGUACCAAUAUUCACCUGGCGGUGUAUACCCUUGGAUUCCUCCUUCUCUUAUCAACAAUAUUAGCCGUCUUAUGGGUGGUCUUUAAAAGGAAAAGACAACAUGAGAUGAUGAAGAAUUUCAACAAAAAUGAAUUUUUGGAGUCACAAGGUCAACGGUUUACAUACUCAGAGAUUGUGAAGAUUACCAAUAAUUUUGCAUCAAUAAUCGGAAGAGGCGGUUUUGGAAAAGUGUACCUUGGUACUCUGAAAAAUGAGACUCAAGUUGCCGUGAAGUUACUCGGUUCAUCAAGGCAAGGCUCAAAUGAAUUUCGAAAUGAGGUUAUACUUUUAAUGAGUGCUCAUCAUAGAAACUUGGUUUCUCUCAUUGGUUACUGCGAUGAAGGUGACACUAUGGCCCUUGUUUAUGACUACGUAGCCAAUGGAAACUUGGAACAACAUAUUUCAUCUGAUGUAGGUAAAAACGUUUUGACUUGGAAAGAGAGGCUUCAAAUUGCAAUAGAUGCCGCACGAGGACUGGAAUAUUUACACAAUGGUUGCAAGCCACCCAUUGUGCAUAGAGAUCUAAAGACAUCCAAUAUCUUAUUGAAUGAAAAGUUGCAAGCUAAGAUAGCUGACUUUGGUCUUUCUAAAGGUCUUGCAACUGAAAGUGCCACUCAUGUAUCAACCGCGGCCAAAGGAACUUUUGGAUACCUGGAUCCUGAAUAUUGCAGUACUGGACAACUUAACAAAAAGAGUGACAUAUACAGCUUUGGGAUUGUGUUGCUAGAGCUCAUAACAGGUAGAGCAGCAAUAAUAAGAGAUUUGGAACAAUUACCUAUUCACAUAUGUCAAUGGGUGAGGCCUAAAUUUGAGAAGAUCGAAAUCGAAAUCGAAAGCAUUGUGGAUUCAAGAAUACAAGGAACCUUCCUCAACUCUUCUGCUAAAAAAUCCAUAGAAAUUGCCAUGGCAUGUGUGUCUUCAACAUCAAUCCAAAGGCCCGAUAUAACUGUUGUGUUUAAUGAUUUGAAAGAGUGUUUGGAAAUUGAGAUGCCUUCUGAAAUAACAAAGAUUACAGAAGCUUAUGAGAACGAUGAGAGUGAUGAUACAAUCAGUUCAAGCGGCUCAAUUAUAAAGACCUCCCACAUCAGGUCUGAAACUGAAAGCUUGGCUUGGACUGGCUUGCACUAA